GAAGAAAAUAUAGUUCACUGUAUUUGUAAAAGGCCUUAUACAGAAACCGAGUUCAUGAUUGCCUGUGAUAACUGUAAUCAAUGGUUCCAUGGCGAAUGCAUUGGAUUGCCUGAAUCACAAGGACUCUUUGUUGACUUGUUCUUUUGUGAAAAUUGU